AGUACCAAAAAUAUUCGAUAUUUUCUCAAAAUCGAGGGGUACGAUCAUGAAGAACUUUUUGUAUGUUGUUAACCAUAAAAUUAUCAUCCUAUAUACGUCUUUUCACCCAAACCCAUUUCGCGGGAACGGGAUGAAAAGAAAGAAUUUACAGCCUGUGGCCUACGUGUUGUUGAUUCUCCGGGUUAGCCCAUCUGCAGACCGGUGCGAUCAACUGGCCUCUAAAGAACCUUGUGCCGACCCUGGGAAGUGCUCGGGAAAACGUUGUAUCUCAUAGCCCACGCGGGAAAUUAAUACCGCUUUACUGCGAUUAAAUUUGCUCAAGUGCUCAAGGGUCUGCAAACAUUGUGGUAGCAAUGAUAUGGACACCUCAAGGUUUUUGUAUUUUUCUUGAAAUCUGUAUGCCUGAUCACCAUCACCAUACACAGUAUAAUAGAUUCAAGUUGAUAAUUUGUUAGACUGAGUCAUUAUGGAAGGAGACACAUCAGAAAAUUUUAGAGAGGUAUUAAUAUCCAUGUCACAAUGGUAUGAUCACCAUGGAUACAUCGAUAUUCUGAAGGUUUUGUACAAAGAUCUUGUAACAGAACCUGAUAAGCUAUAUGCUACCACCAAGGUGAUUGAAUUGUUUGAAUUAUUACGUUCCUCUGGACACCUGAGUCCCGAAGAUCGAACAGUACUAUACGAUACUAUCAAUGUAACUAAACCAUUUGGCUUGGAACCAGAAUUAAGAAAGUUGACAGAGAAAACACCUUUUGAUAUCAGGACAAUCGCCAUAUCAAAGUUUACACCUAACAGACAAAGUCUGAUCAAGUUUGUAGAAAGUCUCACUGACAAUGAUGUCAAGAAGGUCUCAAAACUCUACAGAUGUGAACAAAAAAUUGACAAAUGGGGAUUAUUUGUGGACUUAGAGCAUAAAGGCAAGAUUUGUGAAGAAAACAUGGAUGACUUUUUGAAAAAGAUAACAACACAUCUCAUCAUUGAAUCAAAUGUUGACCCUCUAGGACUGAGGGGGAGUACAAAAGGUUACAAAGGUAACAAGGAUUCUAUACAAGAAAAUAUCUCAGGAACACGUACAGAUAUAUAUUAUGAUUUCUACAUCAUAAGUAAAGACAUUAAAUGGGAAGAACAAGUGAUAUGCGAACUUCAAAAGAGGAAAUUGAAAUGUCUGAGUCGAAAAGACUGGCAACCCGGCAAAUAUAAAUUAGAGAACCUGACAAAACCAAUAAGAAGAUGCACCAAAGUAAUAGUGGGGUUUACAUCAGAGCCAGUGGCUGGUAAUAUGGAGUUUGUUGCUGCAACUGCUGUUCAACAAAUGCUGGAUAACAACACUCUGAAUCAUGGAAAACUCAUUCCAGUGAAGAUAACCCAAGCUGCUGUGAUACCAGACUAUUUGGGCCCAAUAACUGUAGCCAAUGGUUGGGAAGAAAAUUUCUAUGACAAGCUUUUGAAUACUUUAAGUGACAAAGAUAAAGAUGACCAAUUGCCAUCUACCUCUGAUCACCAGCAGCCGUGCCCAGACAGUGCAGCAUCAAAACAAGCAAAUGAAGAUGAUGUUAUAAAACAAUAUCUACUAUGGUCUCAACAGCAAUUGUGCCGUAAUGCCACCCGGUUCACACCAGCAACUUUGAAUACUAGAUACCAAGUAGACAUUGCCCACAUGUUUACUGAUCUGGACCUACUCAAAGAAAAUGGAAAGAAGCAAGAUACCAAACCAACAACUUUGGAGGAGGUUUUGAAUAUUAUCAAACUCACGCCAGCCUGUAAAGUUCUAAUAGAAGGUGAGGGCGGUAUUGGUAAAUCAACCCUUCUCAGGUACAUAGCUUACAACUGGGCCACAGAUGAAUCAGAUGAAACCUUCAAAGGUAAAAUAGUCUUUCUUGUCAAUAUAUCCUCUAUUGACAAAUGCGAAAGUGUUUUGGAUGGUAUUUUAAAACAAAUAGACGUAGAAGAUUUUUGUCUUAAAACAAAUCUUAGUCAAGAUCCUUUAAUAAAACGAUAUAUUUGGAAUCAUGAUAAUGACAUAGUAUUGUUGUUGGAUGGAUUAGAUGAACUGAAAGAUGGUAGUAAGAGUCCAAUACUCUUUUUCAAAAAGCAAAAUAUGCCUAAAUGCAAAGUAAUACUUACAUCAAGAUCUGACAAAAAAAUAGAUGAGUUUGUUAACGAGAGCAGCAUACACGUGAAAGUGAAUGGAUUCAAUGCUGGUAAUAUAACAAAUUACAUUGGAAAACACUUUAAGUAUUUUGGAGAACCUGCAUUAGGAGACGCGCUCUUGAAAGAGUUAAAUAUUUCAGGAGAUACAAAUGAACACAAGGAUGACAUAUCAAUGUGUGGAACUUCAGUGGUCCAUAGAGUUCUUAUGUCAAAUUACUUUUCCUGGAUUUCAGGAUCAUGUACAGAUAAACACAAGGAUGUCAUAUCAAUGUGUAAAAAUCCAAUGUUGCUUCUAUCAGUAUGCAUUAUGUGGGAAGAAAGGCAACACCUUCCAGCUGAUAAAGCUGAUCUAUUUAAAGAGAUUUUUAGAACCAUCUUGAAUCAGUUUAUUGACAAACAACAUGUUAAAGAGAAGAAAAUUUCAAUAUUUAAAAAUAUUCCACAGAAGUAUGUUGAAUCAAUGCUUCUGUUAGGAAAGUGUAUGUAUAAUGGCUUAAAAAUAAACAAACUUUCUAUAAACAAAGAAAAUUUUAAAGAAAAAGAAGAAAUAGUUGCCUUAGCAAUAAAACUGGGAUUUGUGUACAAAGAUUCACCAUCCCUAAAAUCUGAUUUUGAAGAGAUUUUUACAGCUCCUCACAAGUUAAUUGUAGAGUCAUUGGUAGGGUUUUACUUAUGCAAAUUAUGUCAGGCCGCAGGAUUGGAGAGUGAAUGUUCAGAGGACAUGAAAAGGUUACUGCAGCCAUUGGAUGAUAAUGAGUGGAAGAUUAUAAGAGAAAAUGAACACUUACACACUGCAAAAGAGUUUGCAAUUGGAUUUCUAGGAACUGGUGCUGGCAUGUUUUUAAAUUAUUGGAUAACAAAUAGUCUGUCAACAUAUCGCUCUUUAAUGGCAUAUUUUGAAUUUGUAAAAAUAGAGCACAGGCUUGUUGUAGAAAAGACACUAAUUGAUCAUAUGACUAAAAAAAAAUUAGAAAUUAUGCCACACAUAAAUGAAAUAUGUAAAUCACUAAGAAAAUUUAUCCAUCACAUCAUUCCUGAUGUAGACAUUCAAAACGAGCAUUUCAUCCACAUUAUGCAACGAUUUUAUAAUAUUAGAUUAGGAUCUUGUGGUGGAAUUGAUGUGGAAACUCGCAUUAAAUCUUUUUGUAAAGAAAUGUCAUCUGAAGAAAAAGGCACAACACUGGCCCACAUAUUAAUUGCUGUGCCACACCACAAAGAGGUUUUCGAAGAAAUAAAUGAAAUAUGUGUUAAUGAUGAUUUUAAAUACCUAACAACAGAAUGUCAGAAACUGCACUUGAAGUAUGAUAUAAGAGUCUGUACGUUGUCUGGCUCAAGUACUGAUUUAUAUGUAGUUCAUCUGCUUACUAAUGCACCAAAACUUCAUACUUUGAAGUGCUUGCCAAAUAGUAUUACAGGCGCUAUUCUGAAUGAGGUGACGCAAGAGUGUUCUAGUAGCGGAGUCAGGUUAGGAUUACAGGAACUUGUUAUCAGUGGUAAUGAUCUCAGCAGCAUUGAUGGUUCAUUAUCUUUGUUGGUUAUUGCCCCAGAAAUGAAUAUACUUCACAUGAAUAAUUGCAGUCUUUCUGGUGGUAUUAUGAAUGAUAUGAUCAGAGAGUGUUGCAGUCUAGGAGUUAAUUUAGAAUUAGAUGAGCUUGAUAUCAGUGAUAAUAAUCUCAACAGCAUUGAUGGUUCAUUAUUAUCUUUGUUAGUUAUUGCGCCAGAAAUGAUUAUACUUCACAUGAAUAAUUGCAGUCUUUCUGGUGGUAUUAUGAAUGAUGUGGUCAGAGAUUGUUGUAGAAGAGGAGCAACUUCAAAAUUAGAGAAGCUUUAUAUUAAUGAUAAUAAUCUCAACAACAUUGAUGGUUCAUUAUUAUCAUCUUUGUUGGCUAUUGCUCCAGAAAUGGGUAAACUUGAGAUGAAUAAUUGCAGUCUGUCAGGUGCUAUUAUGAAUGAUAUGAUCAGUGAGAAUUGUGACAGAGGAAUCAAGUUAAAAUUAGAGAAGCUUGAUAUCAGUGGUAAUAAUCUCUACAGCAUUGAUGGUUCAUUAUUAUCAUCUUUAUUGGUUAUUGCUCCAAAAAUGAGUAAAAUUAACAUGAAUAAUUGCAGUUUAUCAGGUGGUAUUAUGAAUGAUAUGAUCAGAGAGUGUUAUAGAAGAGGAGUAACUUCAAAAUUAAAGAAGCUUGAUAUCAGUGAUAAUAAUCUCAACAGCAUUGAUGGUCCAUUAUUAUCAUCUUUGUUGGUUAUUGCUCCAGAAAUGAGUAAAAUUAACAUGCAUAAUUGCAGUUUAUCAGGUGGUAUUAUGAAUGAUAUGAUCAGAGAGUGUUAUAGAAGAGGAGUAACUUCAAAAUUAAAGAAGCUUGAUAUCAGUGGUAAUAAUCUCAACAGCAUUGAUGGUCCAUUAUUAUCAUCUUUGUUGGUUAUUGCUCCAGAAAUGAGUAAAAUUAACAUGCAUAAUUGCAGUUUAUCAGGUGUUAUUAUGAAUGAUAUGAUCAGAGAGUGUUGUGGAAGAGGAGUAACUUCAAAUGUAGAGGAGCUUGAUAUUAAUGGUAAUAAUCUCGACAGCAUUGAUGGUUCAUUAUUAUCAUCUUUGUUGGUUAUUGCUCCAGAAAUUAGUAAACUUAACAUGAGUAAUUGCAAUCUGUCAGGUGCUAUUAUGAAUGAUAUGAUCAAAAAUUGUUGUAGUCUAGGAGUUAACUUAGAAUUAGAGGAGCUUGAUAUUAAUGGUAAUGAUCUCAGUAACAUUGAUGGUCCAUUAUUAUCAUCUUUGUUGGUUAUUGCUCCAGAAAUGAGUAAAAUUAACAUGCAUAAUUGCAGUUUAUCAGGUGUUAUUAUGAAUGAUAUGAUCAGAGAGUGUUGUGGAAGAGGAGUAACUUCAAAUGUAGAGGAGCUUGAUAUUAAUGGUAAUAAUCUCGACAGCAUUGAUGGUUCAUUAUUAUCAUCUUUGUUGGUUAUUGCUCCAGAAAUUAGUAAACUUAACAUGAGUAAUUGCAAUCUGUCAGGUGCUAUUAUGAAUGAUAUGAUCAGAAAUUGUUGUAGUCUAGGAGUUAACUUAGAAUUACAGAAGCUUGAUAUUAAUGGUAAUGAUCUCAGUAACAUUGAUGGUUCAUUAUUGUCAUCUUUAAUGGUUAUUGCUCCGAAAAUGAGUAAUUUUAACAUAAGUAAUUGCAAUCUAUCAGGUCAUAUUAUAAAUGAUAUGAUCAGAGAGUGUUGCAGUCUAGGAGUUAAUUUAGAAUUAGAUGAGCUUAAUAUCAGUGAUAAUAAUCUCAACAGCAUUGAUGGUUCAUUUGCAAACCUUCAUUUUAUAAGGAGCGCCAUUGCGCUGGCGCUCCUCAACACAAUCUGAGAGCAAAAAAUAGCUCUCCUUGAUUUACCAGGGAACUAAAACAAAAUGACAAACUUGUAUUUUAAACAUUGUUUAUAAUCAAAAUCUAUCGAAUUUUGCAAUUAACUAAAGCUAAAUCAUAUUUACAUUUGAUAAAACAACAUUUAUUUACGUGGAUUUCACGCUUAUUAAUAGUAGUAAAAACAUACCGUAAAACCUCAAAUAGAAGCUCAAUGGGCCUAACCUUGAGAAGAAGCCCGUCUUGAAUUGAAGCCCCCUCUUCAGUUUACAAAAGUAGUCUCAAAUAGAAGCCCAUGGGCUUCUUUUCAAGAUAGCAUGGGCUUUUUUUUAAAUACAUACACUGUACAUAAAUUUCAAAGGGAAAAAAAAAAUGUUUAAACAUGCUUGGUUUAUGCAGUAGUUUAGGUGAUUUAAUUUAAACAUUUUAUAUGUCUUUUUGACUACAAUAAUCAGAUUAGAUUUUGUGAUUUGAUAAUCUUAAUAAUUUUGUAAAUAAUAGUUUUUUUUUUAAUUAUUGGUAAUUAAUGUAAUUGAAUUGAAAAUUUUGUACAUAUAUAAUAUAAAAUAUGAUCCCUUUUUCUAUUCCUAGUGGUUUAUGAUAAUGCAUACUUUUGGAGUCCGUACUGAGCCCAAAAAAUCUGCAAUGAAAAUAUAACAUGUUUAUUCUAUUUUUAUAGAUUUUAAAUUGUAUUUUUUCUUUUUUUAAAUUUAAUUGUAAUUGAAUUGUGAAUUUGUUAUUGUUUUUUUUUUUUUUUAUUAAUAUUUGAAGUUUUGUGCCAUUUGUGUAUUGUUUCUUAUUGUAAAUUCAAUCGUUUGUACUGCCGACUAUUUUUUAAAAUGUUUUUAUACCUGAAUAAAUAAAUAAAUAAAUUUAAUGCCAGUUUAUACACUCAAUGCUACAGGUGGUCCUAUUUAUUGUUUUUUUUAAGUAGUUGUUAUGUUAUGCCUAAUACAUUUAUUUUACUAUAAUAUAAUGUUGAAUACUGUUAUGUUAUUUUUACUAUAUACUUUGUAAUAGUUUAGUCUGUAUUAGCCAUAUUGUAGAGUGCAUGUACAAAGUUCGCCCUAAAGUGCCCCUCAUAAAUUUUUGUUGGCCAAAUUACCUGUUGGGUAAUAUUCCAAAUAAGGUUAAGGGACUGUUAAAUCUAGGUUGUGUGAUGAUGUCAUCUACAACUUCAUCCUUAAGCCCAAAUUCAUCUUAGUUAUGUGGUGAUGUCAUAAUAAUCUCCCCCACAUAUCCUGUUCAUAAAUGUAUAAAAUGGGGUACAAUCCUAUCAUUUAGUUAGUCCAAAAGUUCUAAAGUUAACAUCAACUUUAUUACACGUCUGCCGUAGUUUAUUAAGUUUACCUAUAGACCUUGCCGGUCUCGGACACCAGUCUUUGAUCCAACUUACUUAGCCGUGUGCUCAGCUAAUUUUGUAAGUUGUCGAAUAUCUUAGUAUUUAAUUGUGUUUUACCACCAUCAUUUUUGUUCUCUUUUAUAAUAAUGUAUCUAUGUUUUUAAUAAUAAAUGUACAUAUUGUAUAUAAUACUAAGCUAUUGUGUUUCCUAUUCUUUGCAUGUAACUUAGCAAUUCCAAAAAUUUACGGAAUUCAUUUUGAAAAGAAGCCCCCCUCUUUACUUUGCAAGAGUAGCCUCGAAAAGAAGCCCACCCAAAAUUCGGGAAAUAAAAGAAGCCCAGUACUUCAAAUCAAAGUUUUACGGUAUUUACACCCCACUUGCAAAUGAACGAUUCUACGGUGCAUGUAUGAAGCCACUCUGGUUUCUCACACGCAACGAUUGAGAAAGCGGUCUUGUCUGUAACUCCUUGGUUAUAAUAAAUUCAUAAAAUAAAGCAGAUUUGUUUUUGAUAUGUUAACUCUUAAUAGUAAACAAAAUAGAGUGUAGGCCUAUGACUCUCUAUCAGAAGACCUAGAGUAGAAUUUACACCACACUACAUAGUUAGCAACCUGAGAAAGUUGAAAUGCGUUGACUAUGCAGUUGCAGGAGCAUAGGGUGGUUCCCAUCUGGGGUGGGGGGGUGAAAAUUAUAAAUGUAGGAUCGGUGGCGUAACAAAGGGGCCGAAGGACCGAGGCAGGCGCUGGGGACACAAAGGGCCCCCAGGCACUCUGGUGUUUGUAGCGUUUUGUGAUGUAUUUUAAUGUCUAUUUUGGCAUCCCAAUUGAGUUCUUAAUUUGACAAAAUAAGCGUAUCUUAAUUAAGAUAAUAAUUUGUCUGUAACUGUAAUUUCUUGUUACAAAUUGUUUCACUUUUAUUAUAUUACAUAAAACAAAUUAUUGAAUAUUAAGUUUAAAACGUCAACAAUAAAAAAAAAGAACAAAAAAUGUUUGUAUUCUUUUCUAAUUAUUACUGUUGCAUGUGUUAUUGGUAUUAUUGAAAAUAUUACACAGAAUAAUAUAAUAUAAUCAAUUAUUCUACAAACCAAACAUGAAAAUCUUAACUAAAUACAGUACAACAUUGCAACUAGUAAUAUUUGUUUGCCUUAAUAAUUUCAAUUUCAAGCAUUUUUUAAAUGUUAUUGUAUUUUAAAAGCCUAUUCAGUUAGAAAGAUACAACCUAUCUCAAUCGAUGUUAUGCAGUCUUAUGCAGUUUUAAGCUUUAUGCAGCCUUUUCUCACAGGCAUAAGCAUGCGCAGUAAAGAACUUCGUAGAUAAUUAUUGAACUGCCCAU